UCCAGCGCGAGCGCGGUGACCGCGGUGGCUCUGUUAAGGUCAUAACCGCCUCAGGAGGAUGGCUUCCAGCUUUAAGAAGACAAAUUCUGCCUCUACCAGCCAGAAAAGAAAGGUGGGUCCUAAGCCUGAACUCACUGAAGAUCAGAAGCAAGAAGUUCGAGAAGCGUUUGACCUCUUCGAUGCCAACGGAAGCGGGACCAUCGACGUGAAGGAGCUGAAGGUGGCCAUGAGAGCGUUGGGCUUUGAACCCAGGAAGGAGGAGAUGAAGAAGAUGAUCUCCGAAGUGGACAAAGAAGGCACGGGGAAAAUCAGCUUCAAUGACUUCCUGGCCGUGAUGACUCAGAAGAUGGCCGAGAAAGACACCAAAGAAGAAAUCCUGAAGGCUUUCAGGCUCUUUGAUGAUGAUGAAACUGGGAAGAUCUCUUUCAAAAACCUAAAGCGCGUGGCCAACGAGUUGGGGGAAAACCUCACUGAUGAGGAGCUGCAGGAAAUGAUUGACGAAGCCGACCGCGAUGGAGACGGGGAAGUGAACCAGGAAGAGUUUCUCCGGAUCAUGAAAAAGACCAACCUAUAUUAAAGCCGGUUUCUCCCGCAGGCAUGUGCAGAGAAGCUGAGUGACUUGCUGGGUUUCCUGCCUCUGUUUUGUGAAACGUUGAGUGGGAGAACAGCAGUAUCAGUCCUCUUAUCCCCAGUUUGUCUAGUUACUUCUAUUUACAAAUCUUUGGAAUUAUAUUAUAGACUUUUAAAGAUGCUUUUAACAUGAGUUUUGGUUUUUCGUUCUCAAAAGCAGACCCAGAGUACUUGAGGUUGAAGAAAGGGCCCCGAAGCUUUGGUCCACCCACCGUUUGCCUUGUCUUGGUGGACAUCCAUUAAACUGAACGCAGGAUGGCUUCUCGGGACAAAUAGCAAUGUGGUUCUCUUGUCACCUCUUUGGUGGUGUUAAAUUAUUUCACUUCAUACGUUAUUCCUUAAAUUCAACUCCUUGUUCUAGCAUGAUGAGGUGGAAUGGGCCAGCCCGUCAUCCUAGCCAUUGCUUUUCACUUAACUGAAUACUGAUUUGAAGGAAAACAAUGCAGCCACUUAUUUGGCUCAGGAAAGAUACUGUUCUAACUGAUAGGCUUGCCUUUGGUUGAUGGUAAAUUGUGCAACUUAGACUAUUCUCUGACUUCAUCACAUGCAAAUGAUUCUGUGUGUGUGUUAAUUAUUUACUGUGCCAGAAUGUACACUUGGGCUACAGAAUAAAAGUGAAAUUUAAUAUUG